UCCUGCCCCCCCGCUCCCCACAACAGAAGCGUCUCAGCCUGGCAACUUCGGAAUGCCGGGCACUGUUGCAUCGCCGCCGGUUCUGCUGACGGAUGGCCGGGAUUCUCUCUGCUCUGAGAGCUGGCGCGUCCUUUUGCAAGGAGCCGCUCGCCCCUGCGUUUUGGCGCGCAGCCGGAAGGAGAGGGGGGCAGCGAGGCACAGAACAUGGUAACGAUCGAGUCGGGAGGGGAAUGUUUUGAUGUCAUAGAGGUUUUGGGGAAGGGCACCUUUGGGGAAGUGGUGAGGAGCUGGUGGAGGAACACGGGGGAGAUGGUGGCCAUCAAAAUCCUGAAGAACGACGCCUACCGGCGCCGGAUCAUUAAAAACGAGCUGAAGCUGCUGCAGACCAUGCGGGACGUGGACUCGGAAGAGUCGCACAUUAUCCAGUUCCACCGGUUCUUCCACGACGAGGUCAAGUUCUACUUGGUCUUCGAGCUGUUGGAGCAGAACCUCUUUGACUUCCAGAAGGAGAACAACUUCUCCCCACUGCCGGCCAAGCACAUCCGGACGGUCACCACCCAGGUGCUCAAAGCCCUGGCCAAGCUGAAGGAACUGUCCAUCAUCCACACGGAUCUCAAGCCCGAGAACAUCAUGCUGGUGGACCAGAUGAGGUUCCCUUUCCGAGUCAAAGUGAUCGACUUCGGGUCAGCCAGCAUCUUCAGCGAGGUGCGCUACGUCAAGGAGCCGUACAUCCAAUCCCGCUUCUACCGGGCCCCGGAGAUCCUGCUGGGGCUGCCGUUCUGCGAGAAGGUGGACGUGUGGUCUUUGGGCUGCAUCAUGGCCGAACUGCACCUCGGCUGGCCCCUUUACCCUGGCAACAACGAGUACGACCAGAUCCGGUACAUCUGCGAGACCCAAGGGAUGCCCAAGCCCAGCCUGCUCAACGUUGCCAGGAAAGCUCACCACUUCUUCAAGAGGAGCCAGCACGACGAGCUGGUCCCCCAGUGGCAGCUGAAAUCCUCCUGCGAGUACUUGGCAGAGACCCAGGUGAAGUCGGUGGAGAGGAGGAAGUACGUCCUCAAGUCCCUGGAGCAGAUGGAGUCGGUGAAUGUCCACAAGAUGAUCUACCCCGACAACGAAGCCCUGGCUGAGCAUUUCGACCUGCGGAGCAUGGUGGAGCUGAUCAAACGGAUGCUGACCUGGGAUUCGCACGAGAGGAUCACGCCCAGCGCCGCCCUGAAGCACCCUUUCAUCUCCAUGCAGAUGCUGAAGCUGAGUUACGAGCUCACCCAGUACUACCGGCUCGCCCUGCGCAGCUUCCAGAAAUCCGCCAAGGAGAGCACGGACAAGGAGGAGGCGGCGCAUUGCAGCGCCAUGGAAGAGGACCCCUUCUACCCGGGCCAGGAGUACUUCAAGGAGGAGCAGCGUCUGCCCGGCCACUCCCGCGGCCCACGGAAC